GGGUCGGGGAAGAUGGCGGCGGCGGCGGCGGCGGGAAGGGCCGCUCUCAUCACCCGCUUCCUGCUCACAGCCGCGGGCAACGGCCGGAGGGCGAGGCUUUCCCGCGGCCUUGGGCCCAGGAUCCCAGCGCGGGUUCUGGAAGGUGCUAAAAAUUUAGGAAGAGGACUUACUCUGACUUUAUUUACCUUUCUGGGUUAUAAGACUUACAGAAACAUUCCAGGAUCGUUAUUAAUUUAUGCUAAUCAAACAGUGGAAGAAAUCAUAGACCAAGCAGACUAUCUUUAUGGCACUGGAGAGACGGAGAAGCUUUAUCUCCUUCUUAUUGAACACAAGGACAGUACAAAUGACGAGAUUCUAUGGCGUCUAGCUCGAGCUUCCCGUGAUUUAGCUCAACUAGAAAGCAUCACUGCGGAGAGGAAACAGCAUCUGAUUUACGAGGCCUUGGAGUUUGCUGAAAAGGCACUGGAAAAAAAUGCAUCGAGCUUUGCAGCUCAUAAGUGGUAUGCGAUAUGCAGCAGUGAUGUAGGAGACUACGAGGGCAUCAAGGCAAAAAUUGCUAAUGCUUAUGUCAUUAAAGAACAUUUUCAGAAAGCCAUUGAACUUAAUCCCAAAGAUGCAACAUCAUUUCAUUUAAUGGGAUUAUGGUGUUUUACAUUUGCUGAAAUGCCCUGGAUCCAACAUAAAAUAGCCUCUGCAUUGUUUGCCACCCCACCAAGUUCCACGUAUGAAGAGGCCCUUAAUUAUUUUGACAAAGCAGAAGAAGCUGAACCAAAUUUCUACAGCAAAAACUUAUUAAUGUUGGGGAAAACUUACAUUAAAUUACAAAACAAGAGACUGGCUUUAUUGUGGCUGACCAAAGCUGCAAACUACCCAGCACGAAAUGAAGAAGACAAGCAGGUUCAAAAAGAAGCUGCUGAAUUACUGAAGUUAUUGAGGACCUAGCUCAAGCCAACGAUGUCAACUGUUCAGCCAGCCACCGUGUGAGAGGAUCAAUUUUGAAGUUAAUUGAUUUUUCAAACAUCAAUGAAAAGGAUUUUUAUUCAUUUAACCACAAAGGAAUUUACACAAUUGUACAGCCCUGGUACAGCAUUAACCAAAUAAACAUUUAUAUUUGUGCA